AUGGCAUCCCGGCUUCUCUCUUCGCGAGGUUUCCCCGCUCGGCUUUCCCAGCUCCGGGCGCAUGCUUCUGCCUCUCAAAGAUCCAUUGCUACAGCUCCCUCGACCACGGACAGUGUCACGCAACUACUCCAGAAGGUUCAAGCCACCACCAAGGUCUACUUGGACUUUGUAAAAGACCAAGGUCUUCCUGAGCCAUCUUACCAGCACGGCGAUGGCCUCCAUCCCGCUAUCGAACUUCCUCGACAGGUACAGGAGGCAAAGGAGGAAGCUAUCGAGGCAACCUACGAGCUCCAUCACCUUCUUCUUGGUCCCAUGGGGCUUCUGUUCAGCAGCCCUGGAGAGCAAUUGCUGCUUCUAAGCCUGCAAUAUAUCUACCGCUAUCAGAUCGCCCCCCAUGUGCCCUUGGACGGCACCAUCACCUUCGACGAGCUAUCCAAGGCAACGAACCUAACCACCAAAGAUCUCACCCGCUUCCUACGCGUAGCCAUCAGCCGCCAUGUCUUUCAUGAGCCCGUGAAAGGGUCCAUCGGGCAUACCGCCGCAUCCAAGCUUCUACUCAACAACCCCAUGGUCGAAGCUUGGCUUCAGAACAUCGCCCUAGAGUUCUGGCCUGCCUUCACACGCACUGUCGAGGCAACGGAGAAAUGGCCCGGGUCGGAAGAACCCAACGAAACCGGUUACGCUCUCGCCCAUGGCACGAGGUCGCAUCCAUUCGACGAAAUCCGCAAAGAUCCGCGCCGUCACCGACAAUUCAUCACUGCCAUGCAGUUCUCCCACCUUCACCCGGCCUACCACCUCUCCCAUCUUCUCAACAACUACAACUUUGAUCGCAGCACCAGCGGCGCCACCACGAUCGUCGACAUCGGCGGCUCCAAUGGCGAGGUCAGUAUCGAGAUCGCCGCUCGAUAUCCCAAUGUUCACUGCAUCGUUCAAGAUCUCCCGGACACCAUCGCUGGACUGACCGCGAAGGUCCCUUCCGCGCUCGCCGCGCGAGUGACGGGCAUGGCGCACGACUUCCUGACCCCCCAGCCCGUUUAUGGCGCGGAUGUCUAUCUUCUGCGGUGGAUUUUGCACGACUGGUCAGAUAAAUACGCCAUCCAGAUUCUUCGGAAUUUGACUCCGGCUUUGAAGAAAGGUGCUCGAGUGGUGGUCAAUGAUAUAUGUAUCCCCGAGCCGGGUCGGUUGGGCCCCAAGGCGGAACGUGAUCUCCGCUACAUGGACAUCGCAAUGAAGGCAUUCAACAAUGCGCGUGAACGAGACGUCAGGACAUGGGAAGGUUUGUUCGCUGAGGCGGAUGCCCGGUUCCGCGUUCUGGGCAUUUCUGUGCCGCCGGGAGCGCAAAUGGCCGUUAUCGAAGCGGAAUGGAUAGGCGAAUGUAGCACGGAGCAUUUGUGAUUAUGGAUGGACCAUUAUCCUAGUAUAUGGCUGUGGUGGUUGACUGUUGG